AUGAUAUCUACUUACAGUAAGUGGGCUGCCUCAUGAAUUGUCAACCGAAAUUCCCAAAAUGCGUUUUCAUUUCGAAUAGACUAAUUAAGUAGGGUUGUAAAGCUAAUCAACCUGCAGUAUAAUUCUAUACUUAUUCAGUUAACUCAGGGCGUCGGCUUUCGGAUGAACUUAUCGCAGGCUGCAUGCAAUAAUUAUACUCUGCAAAAAAAUGACUACUUAAGGAGCAUGCAAUUUUCUCAUUAAUGUUUUCGAUGUCCUUGAAAAUUCAAUUACAUUUCAUGAAAAGCACACAUUAAAUUAUUCAUUAUUUUACUUAUUCAGUAGAAAGUCACGUAUUAUUCCGAAUUUAAACUCGAAUGAAAAGUAGGAUUCGACUUAGAAAAACGUGUCUGAUUCCUGAAUUACUAUGAACCCGACCUGCUGUUACACUUGAAUGCAGGGUUUCAAAACUACAAGCCGUAUAUUUUCCUGUAGGGAAAACCAUACAUUUCUCUGCGGUAUUAAGAGGAGACCAUAUGGAGUUCAUGAAAUUUAGCAGUGGACUUGAGCCAAACUGUUAAUGUUUCAAGGUACAUUGGUAAAUGCAGAGACAUGGGGUUUUAUGUACGGCCACUUUACGGUGUUAAAAAUCUCACGAUUAGAAACUUUUUUAAAACAGAAUUAUACCCUCGCCUCAAGCAUAAAAUUGGAAGAAGACGUAAUUUUUUACUGAAUGAGAAGGAGAAUGAAUAUUUCUGUGCAUCAUUUCAAUGAAAUAUAAUUGAAUCUUUAGAGGCACCGAUAAUCAAUGAGAAAAAUGGUUGCUAUUCAAGUAGUCAUUUUUUGCAGAGUAUAAUUUUUGCAUGUCGCCGGAAAGAAGAUCAUUGUAAAGCAGGCAUCCUGAGGUGACUGAAUUAUUAUAGAAUUAUGCUGCACGAUGAUAAGUUUCACAACCCUACUUAAUUAUUCUUUUCGAAACGAGAACGCAUUUCGUAAGUUCGGUUGACAUUUCAUGAGUUAGCCCACGCACUGUAUGUGCUAUGAAGCACUCACAGUGCACUUCAGAUGACACAGCUCGUUUGGCACAGAAUGUUUGUUUUAACUCAGAUGUCGCGUGAGUUAACAGACUUCGAAAUAAUCAACUGUUCUCCAUCACUUUUUGCUGCAGAGACGAUUUUUCUCGCACACCUUUUGGAACUUCGGUCGCAACAUCCAAAAGAGUCCUCAAAACUAAAAAACACAGUCUUCCCAUUUAAACAAACACGAUCGUUGCUUCUUUAUCCACCCCGUUGCUGUUGUAGGUUUAGAGGCCUCAGAUUGUUUUAAAGUCAAGAAUGCACUGAGUUGCCGCCAGAAAGGAUACUCCAACCCCGACUUCACCCAGAACACGAAGAUGCGAUCACGUUAACAGGGAAUUUAUUGGCCUGACGUUCCGGAUUCUCACUGGAACCGCCAUCAGUGACUUUCGCAGAUAAGGGUAAUAGAGGCACAAGGAGUGCAGUAUUUACAGUGCGUGGCUGCCGUGGGACCAUAUGCGUACUAUAAUUAACGGCUCUCUUUAUCAUUGCUGAUAGCUUGUCAGUCCGCGCCCGAGUCGUUAAUUGCCGCGACUUCAUCAUCCAUGUUGGAUGCUGGCGUGACGAUUGCUCGGCAGAUUGGUUCACUAUCGCCGGGACUGUUGUGGAGAAGGAGGCACGAUCCUUCUUCACGACUGCUUCCUGGGGUUCGUCUCUUCGCAUCUAUUGGCAAUGGGAUUAUUGCUCGUCCGCGCCCUUCCCAUGUGACUGCAUCUCCUGCCCAGGGAAAAUCUCAGCACAGAAUACGGCAACGGGAGGUCAUUGCGCUUGUUGAUGCAUUGAGGGCCUGAGAACCAUGACUCAGGCCAAUAAAUGUCUUGUUCGUCUUCCGAACUCGCCUGUACGCUUCCACCGGCCUCACUCUUCUCUCGACUGUCCGAGUUUUCUACCAUCGGAUGAUGAGAUGGGGCUUUGCGACCAACGCGGCGUCUGGUCCCACCUAACACGCGUCACGUGCGCGUACGCCAAAGGCAAGGGUUCACACGUACUCAGCGCGGACCAGAGACGCAUGCCGUGAGCUGAUUUGACCCUCGUUUGGCGCAAAGCCGGUUCGCACGAGCAGCUGGGCGCAUGGAAGCGGUCACGAUGACGCCGUCACAAUUGGUGCGUCAUCCAACCAAUUAGCUGACGGCAAUGUAAGUGACCAACCAAUCACAACGAUAGGUGAUACGAAGGGUGCAAGCCAAUCAUGUGCCGACAGUGUGAAACCAUAUUCUGCCAUGGGUUUUCAUGCCAACUCCAUUUACUAGCAUUGACGCAGUUGCGCGUGGAGCUGUUGCCUCUCACUAUCGCCAUGUCGAAGCCAGCUCAAUGCCUGACAUUCAACAACGGCCUGAAAGUACCCAUUCUUGGCCUUGGUACAUACAAGGUAACGAAAUUUCUGUUUUGUUCUACUCUUACAAAGGCGAGUGCAAACGAGAUGGACAUUGCACUCUCUGCCGCUCUUGAUGCCGGUUACAGGCAUUUUGACUGCGCAGCCCUCUAUGACAAUGAGGAGGAUAUUGGCAGGGUUUUGACCCAGAAGUUCAAGUCUGGCGUAGUGAAACGUGAAGAUGUUUUCAUCACAACCAAGGUACGGCAAAUGCACUCGGUCUUAUAUUACUCUGCUAGCUAUGGAAUACGGCACACCGAAGUGAAGAUGUGAGGCCAGCGUGUGAAGAGAGUCUUAAAAAGCUGGGACUUUCAUAUGUGGACUUGUACCUCAUUCAUUGGCCAGUUGCUUUCAGGGUGAGUUUAUCGGCUUCUGCAAUAACAUUUAACCUUCUCUGCUAUGAUGCUCGCCUUUAUCGUCCAGUAAACAGUACACAGUGCGUUUUAGGUGGUCUUCCAAACAUUGUUGGUUAGGCGAAUUUGACUGACUUCGUGUGCGAUUGCUGUGGCGGACGGUUAACUCUUAGUGCCUGGCCCAUUGUCAUCUAGUUCGUGUAACGUAGCCGUGGUAAAGUUUUACAUCACACACUAACCAGCUAGCAGAGAAAAAGCUUUGCUAUCCGCGUAGAUAGCCAAUUCAGUUGUUGAACAAAUGCUCUGCCGCUUUCACACAUAGAGGUUGAGAAUACAUUGCACGAAUUUUGUGGCCCCUAAAAUCUAGCACUCCCCUGAUCUUUCAAUAUUUUCACGUAUCGAAAGCCCAUUUGAAUUGAUUCAAUCGCUUCUGGCUACUUAGGUUGCUAUGUCUUAUGCUUCGAAGGAAGCUGACACUUUUGUUGAACAGGGAGCUCCAUCUAAACCAAAUUAUGAUUCAAACGAAAAUAAGCUCAACUGUCUCACUCAUUCCAACUUCGCCUUCACGCAGGUGCGUUCAUGUAUUUCUACACCCUCUUAAGCGAACCACGCAUUGGGUGCGCUGAACUAACACGGAUGUUAGAGCGGGGUCCUACAGGAGUUAUUGGGAAUGCGCCUCCAUAACAAAUGUCAAGCUUGGGGUGUGGCGACAGGCCAAAGUGUGGGCUCACGCCAUGUAAUCUAGGAUCCCAGCCGUCCCCCUCUCAGCGUACACGAAACCUGGAGAGUUUUCUGACGACAAUUCCUUCAAGGAAAACACGGUCGUCGGGGAUUUAAACUGAACCGUUUAUUGGGCGUUUAACCGCACGUGUAUUUUGCCAUAGGCAAUUUUCAAGUGUUACUUGGAGCGCAGUGUUCGACUAUUUUGUUUCUCCCGUUGAAACGAGUGUGGCUCAUUGACAUGUCUUACACUACAUUCUGUUGAAAAAGAACCUGGACGAAUUCGAUUCUCCCCUCAUGCUUUAACUUGUAACCCAUGACGGCUCGAUUGUCGCGCCCGAGGCGGUUUUGGUGUUGGUGUUGUUGCUAGUGGUGAGGGCGCGGUGCGAUGAGGUGUUGAUUCAGCCAGGCACGGUGGGUGUGCUAGGUGUGUCGAUACUGCGGUGAAUUCCAUUGUCAUGGAUACGCAUGUGAACGAGUAGGCCCAUGCGAUGAAUGUUCGUGGACAGUGAAGGCGGAUGCGGCGACUGUGUGUGGGUACUCCAGGCACUGGUUCCUAAGCCUCUGUGCGAUGGACUCGUAAGUGACCGACCAGGCCGAUACGUGAGGUAAAUGUGCGACCACAAUGAGGACAGGUUGGGACCGAGUCCACGUCACUGGAUUUGGGGCUGUAUAUGGUGAUGGUAGUAUAUAACGGGACUUCGGAUGUUGUCCUAUCGAUGGAGGAGUUCGAGAGGUCGUGCUGAUGGUCCGGGGCCGUUGUAUAUGAAUCCUUCCGCAUCUUUGUCGUCAGACCGAUCUCAGAUGAAGUGACCGAUCACGCUCGAGGACCUUAAUGUUCUCCUUAGUGUCUGGAAUUCGCGUCUGAACGACUUUUUACUUCAAGCAAGAUGCUAGCCUUUGCAGGACCUCAUCUGCUACUGAAAGACUUUAUUGCUCCCACUGAAAGACUUUCAAACGCAAUUUUUGCUCUCUCUAUUCUGCAGCCGGGCAAAGAGUACUUCCCCGAGGAUGCGGAUGGCAAGCGGAUCUUUGACUACACUCCCAUUGAAGAAACCUGGAAGGUAGGUCAGUCAGUAUAUCAGUCAGUAUAUUUGGAGUAAACGACAGAAGCCAUGAAAACUCCAUUUAGAGGGUACAGGUAUAAAGUAAAAUAGUUAAAUUGCAAAACUUUUGCUUGCAGUUUUAGUAGGGAGAAUGCAUAAAUCUAAUAAUGUAACAUAAAGGUGAAAGGGGUAUUAUAUUCGCAAAAUAAUUGCGAAAAACUUUGUUCACCGCAUUCGGACUGUGAAAAUUUCAAUAUGGGCUAAGUUUGAUGCAAAACACAGGAUCUGUUUAAAUCAUGUUAGUAGUAUAUUUAUAGUCAUUUCAGUAAUCCGUUAGGUCAGACUUCGGCAGUUUGGGUUGCCUUUCAGCAGGUGAGUAUCCAGUUGUCUCUUGAACACGUUCACGGUAGGGGAAUUAGCAACAAACUCCGGCAAAGAGUUCCAUUGGCGAAUGACCCUCUGUGAGAAAAAGGAGGAAAGUUGAUUUGCGUGGCACAGUUCCUUUUUAAGCUGGUAAUCAUGUCGUCUGAGAUUGGACUUGGGUGCCAUUUCAAAAAACGUUUCCCAGUCGACAUCCAGAUUAAGUCCUUUUAUCAACUGGAACGUUGCUAUGAGGUAACCUCUGUCCGGAUAAACCGCCUGCCUCGUUGACACUGUAUCUCUACACCCACCACUUCCGUGCAGUUGACGGAGCAAAUGCGACAACUGCUCACCACUUAAUCAAAAUUAAUAUGCGGAUUUUUCUGGCGAAUAUAAGAGGGACGCAGCCUGCAGCUCUGGAACCUAGUGGGACACCAGCGAGCAGACAGUAAUAAAUUCGUUGGUCUACGCUACACAGGAACUAAUUCGCAACCGUUCUUCUCUUACUACCUGCCCUCUGCCAAACCCACAACCUCAUCAACUGCACCAGUCCUGAUUAACGUCCACCCGCAUAUGCCUGGACCUACCGUGGGCGUAAGUCCUGUGUUGCUUCUGUGGUUGCAGAACUUUUAGUCGGUUGACUGGCGUGAUCGCCUGUGCAUCUCAACUGUCGCAUGUACUCUCCGGAUUUUCAAAUUUUUAUGCUGACAGUCCCGCGCCUUCCCAUUUCUUGGCCUUCAGGGGGUAAUUGCUUCAGCUUGCUAUUCCAACGAGGUGGGCUAACUCAUAAAAUGUCAACCGAAACUCCCGAAUGCGUUUUCGUUUCGAAAAAAUUAGUUAAGUAGGGUUGUAAAACUAAUCAGCCUGCAACAUAAUUCUGUAAAAUUUCAGUUAUCUCAGAAUGCCGGCUUUCGAGUGAACUUCCUUCCUACUGUAUACAAAAACUACACUCUGUAAAAAAUAGCCACCAGAUUAGCAUGAAUUAUUCUCAUUGAUUUUCGAUUCCCUUAAAGGCCCAAUUAUAUUUCAUGAAAAACAUGCAUAAAAAUAUUCAUUCUUUUGCUCAUUUGGUAGAUAAUUACGUCUUCUUUUAGUUUUAUAUUCGAAGGAGGGAACUAAAUCCGUUUAAAAAAAUUUUCUAAUUAGGACUUUUAACUACCGUGAAAUGACCGUUCACAUAUCGUCAUAUUUCUACAUUUACCAAUGUAGCUAGUAAAGUUAACAAUAUGAAUCAAAUCCACUGUUUAAUUUUAUGAUCACCAUAUGGUCUUCUCUCAAUACCGUACAGAAAUGUGUGGUUUUCUGUACGCGAAAAAUAUACGGCUUAUAGUUUGGAAACAUUGAAUCCAAGUGUGACGGUAGGGUUGGUUCAAACUUAUUCGGAAUUCAUUGAUAUUUUGGCAGAUUUUGACUAAUUCAUAUUGGCCCAACGGUGAAAAACUCGGCGCCUCGGUGGGAUUCGAACCCACGCAGUAAGGGGAAGGCUUUAGCGCAGCCAACGCUCUAACCACCUGAGCUAUGAGGUCCCGCCGGACGACGCGAGUUUAAUCACAUUUGGGUCAAGUUACCCGCCCAACCUACUGCAACGUCUGGAAUCCACCAAAUCUGAUACAGUAAGUUGACUGCCCAAGCAGGAUUUCCUAAGUAAUUCACCUAGAAUCAACCAGAUGACUACCAGGCUCGCGUAAUUCAUUGAUAUUUUGGCAGGCGGGGCCUCGUAGCUCAGGUGGUUAGGGCGUUGGCUGCGCUAAAGCCUUCCCCAUACUGCGUGGGUUCGAAUCCCACCGAAGCUCAAGUGAUUAGAGCGUUGGCUGCGCUAAAGCUUACUGCGUGGGUUCGAAUCCCACCGAGGCGCCGAGUUUUUCACAGUUGGGUCAAUGUGAAUUAGUCAAAAUCUGCCAAAAUAUCAAUGAAUUACGCGAGCCUGGUAGUCAUCUGGUUGAUUCCAGGUGAAUUACUUAGGAAAUCCUGCUUGGGCAGUCAACUUACUGUAUCAGAUUUGGUGCAUUCCAGACGUUGCAGUAGGUUGGGCGGGUAACUUGACCCAAAUGUGAUUAAACUCGCGUCGUCCGGCGGGGCCUCGUAGCUCAGGUGGUUAAAACGUUGGCUGCGCUAAAGCCUUCCCCUUACUGCGUGGGUUCGAAUCCCACCGAGGCGCCGAGUUUUUCACAGUUGGGUCAAUAUGAAUUAUUCGGAAUUGUGGAAGACAAGUGGUUAGAGGCGUGGACUUCUAACUAACAGGUCGCGAGUUCCAGCCUCGGGUGUUCCACUCUUUGGGGUUGGGAGUGACUAGCUGACAACGGCUAAUAAGCCAGAAAUGACCAUUCCAGGCUCCCUUACCUUUGUCGGUAAUAACAUUCUGAACAUAUCGCCUAUAUCAUGCGCCGCUGUGCGGCUGCUGGUUGGGCUCGAGAGAGAGCCCGUAAGGCACAACGGAACGAGUGAGUUACGUAAGAACGAUCGGUGAGCGUCUUUAUCAUUGUCAAAUAAUCGCAGAACGAAGUACAUUUUUGCAUUAGAUGCCCGACAUUCUCCCCUUUCUACAUAUCCUCAGCAAUCCUCUCUCCUAUAUGAUCUCCUGCACAGGCAAUGGAGUCGCUGGUUGAUGCUGGUCUAGCAAAGUCCAUCGGAGUAUCGAAUUUCAACAAGUCUCAGAUUGAACGCAUCCUUAAGAUCUGCCGCAUUAAACCAGUGAUGCUGCAAGUUGAAGUUACCGUAAAUUUUCUGAACGAAAAGCUGGUUCAAUACGCCAAGUCAGUCGGUCUUCAGGUGACGGCCUAUGCUCCUUUUGGACAGCCCUCCGUGAAUAGGUAAGCAUUUUCGCAUUUUCUGCGAAUAUUUCCAUGUUGUGUCUGAAAAGUCGAGUUUGUAGACAUGCGUUUUCGACAGUUCAUCCCCAGAUCACUAAAAUCACAAGUAGAGUGAGCAUGCGAGCCGUAGACAGCGUUUGUGAGUGGCACUGUGACUAUUCACACUUGUUCCCAUGCUCUCCCGGCAUGACGAGGUCGGUUUUCUGGGGUCAUUAGGGCUGGAGGUAGGGUGUUGGUGAUGCUUGUUUGUUAAACAGGCAGAGUGCGCAUGACUGUCAUUAAGGACGACAUGCGACCACCACCUGGAGUCGGCGUUGGCCACGGAACCUAGAACGCCUGCACCAACGUAUUCUGCCAAGGAAACGCCGGGUUCGCUGGCCAAAUGGCCCCUGUCUCAGCUGUUGAUAGCACCCGCUGACGUAUGCCUUAAGGUUAGUUUGCCGACGCCCGAUAGAUAACCUGACGGACUUCUUUGGCGUCGAAUCAGUAAUUUGUGUCGACUCGAUGUGCGAGAAAAGACCUUCGGAUUGAUCCAUUUUCGCCUUUGCCUAGUCAGGCAGAUAUGUGUUUGCGUACCCUCCUUUCCGGACGCCUCGUUGUACGGCCAAUGCAUCCUGAUCCAUAGGAGAAAGUGAAUGACUAAUUGCACAUAGAUAUGGCCUGCAAUAGUAAUCGGCCUUUGGCUCCCAACCGUAGGAGGGAUUAUUCGAAGACUACGCGUGAGCUCGGCCUUGAUAGCUGUUCUAUACGUCGUCUUACUAACUCGCUUGCUGCCUCCCAGAGAAGGGACAGUCUUUCCUGCUGUUUCCGUGGUAGGCUCUGUAGUAUGUUCCUAGCAUUCCAGAGGAUGAGUCUCUCUAGAAAGCCGUCGUCUCGAAUUGUGUUCUGCAGCUUCUGGAGUUCUGCCUCAACAGUCUUAGGAGAGCAGAAGCGUCGUAUCCUAGUCACCAAUUCCUGGACUGAUCUCGUUUUAGCUUUAUGGGAACUGUGAAAGUUUAUAUAUUGUCUCCUCCGGGGUUUCUCUUGGAAAACCUAGCACUGUAUAGAUCCUUCUUUUUGUCUUCGUCGAAGAACAACGAGGAAAGUGUCAGUUACAGAGCAUGACUGGCGGCGAGGCACUGAUAAAGUUUCGCUCGAUUAAGUGCCUAUGACUUACAUGCUCGACAUCAUCUGUUGAUCAUCUGCCCGGUGUGCGAGCGUAUGUUGGUGUUUUUGGUCCCAGGUGGUGGUCAUGGUUACAACUGGGUGAAUAAAGACAGAAUACGCCCGAACCAGUUCUGUAUCCAUCUACCCGCAUCCCCUGUCGUCCCUCUGAUAUAUAUAUAUCUUGGAAAGGGGUGAAAUACUUGGGGACGAGAUAACCUUCAUUGCGUAAAUUUUUAAGACUGGUUCCGCGGCUCGUCGUCAGACUUAUGGGUCAUGUACCGAAACAAUUAACUAUUUGACUGGGUCUCUCAAACGAUUCUUUGGUUAGUCGGAGCCUGCACCAGUACGCAUCAAGUGUAUUUCCUCAUCUCUUCGGCAUUGGUUGCGCUCCCUUCCAUUUAUUUUUGAAAAAAAUUGUAUGUGGCGUCUAAACCGAUAUGCCGAUUGAUGCAUGCCUCAUCUAAGUGCAUUACCUUCAGGAGUUAACGGCCAACAAUGCAGGUGUUCUCCUACACAAAUUGAUGCACAGUGUCCAGUGUAUGCGUGACCACCCGGGAUGGAUGGUCUGCACUCUUCACCUCUGACUGGUGCUCGUGUAUACGGGUUGAAACAGUUCGGACAGUACGAUGCCGGGUAUUCCGAAGGAAACCCUGGCCGGGACAAUGUAUCAACAGAUGUCAUCGCAAUUAGAGCAUGGGAUUCUGUGGAAAACACUUUUUCUAUCGAGGCAGCCAACUCUAUGCUUAAGGUGUAAAAGCUGUGUGUUCAAGGUAGUUGCCGGUCGGUUUGCUGCGUGUAUAUUAUGUCUUACCGCUGACUUUCUACUAGCUCAGAAACGUUUUUCACGCAUGGGAGAGUUUUCCAGGUGGUUGCUUUUGGUGCCCGAGCGGCCGUAGCGUUGGAAAUACCUUUCCCCUUAAAUGGCUGGUGCCUCAUAGACUGACGUACAAAGUCGUACGGGUGCCCCUUUUGAGAAAAUAGUUUGAAAAGGUAUUUCGGUUGGAUACCAGUGUCGCAACACUCCGUUACUGAUGCUAGUAUUAUUGCAGUUAGUUACCCAUACUGUAAGCGUUGGUAGAGUAGCAUUGGCAGCCGUGGUGGCGGUGGUAGUAGUUAUAGUACUUAUAGUAGGAUUAUUAGUAGUAUUCGCCGUAUCAGUGGUGGUAGACGGGGGAAAAAGUUUUCUUCAGUGUUGCGACACUGUAUUCCCGCCAGUGGUAGUAGUAUUAGUAGUAACAGCGGUAGUAGUGGUAGUAGUAGCAGUAGUAGUGGUGGUGGUAGCAGUAGUAGUAGUAUUAGUGGUAGUAGAAGUAGUAGUAGAAGUAGUAGUAGUAGUAGUAGUAGUAGUAGUAGUAGUAGUAGUAUUAGUCCACCCGUAAGACAGGCUGGUGGGGGAAUAGACAAUUCUAAGUGUUGCGACACUGUAUUCCCGCCGGUAUUUCACUCCUCCGCGAUAAAUUGCUUCAUCAGAGCAGUGCGUUUUGGCUCGAUUUAACAAGCUGUAGACAGAACCCCGUUUGUGAGAAAGGGUGGUUACUCUCAAAAUGUAGGAUGACCUCUUCGUGAUAAACUGAUGUGUGAAGUGGUCCAUCAGUUUUUCGCUUUAUAGGACACCCAGGGUCGGGAGUUGAACAUCAACCCCUGCUUGGAAAAUGGACUUACUUCUCAAGAAUAUAGAGUUAAAAAUUGUGCAGAAUUCUUUGGUGGCCGAGUUACGCGAAAACAAAUUUCAAUGCAUACAGUAUACUAUUGGUGUAAACAAGUAAUAACGAAAAAAACGUGCAAACCUCAACAAUGGAUACCGUAGACAAAGAAUUCCUUUGUGCCUUUUCGAGUUCAUCGAAUUCCCAGGUCAUGGUCAGAAUACAAAAACUAGUUAAUUAAAAGAACACCCACCGUGCUUGAGAGAGGGUUACAAAAAGGGGAAAGGGGAAUGUCAACAGGGGCCAAACGUGGAUGCACUUGCGAAGAGGACUUGGAGAAUUCCAAACCUCGACCAACUGGAUACAACAAAUUGUAUGAAGCAGAUUUAACCGAUUUUUCCUGACGGUGGACUCGUGUGAGAGUUGGAGACGUCCGAACAAUCGACAAUCGGCCAUAGAAGCCGCCUCCCUUUUUAUUCCGUUCAAAUUGAAGACCCUCACGUUUUUUUCCACAAUUCUGAUCACGUAUAUAGCCAGACUGUUGCUUGAAAUUUGGUCCCGGAGCCAUGGAUAUAUGACAUUUUAUAGAGGGCAUCCUUUUUACGAAAGUAAUCAACCAUAUAACUAAGGUGCGUAAGUUAACUGCGCGAAAUAGUUGUAGGUUUGUGAGCUACCUCCAUCAGAUAUUUCUUCCACUGCAUUUCAAUGAGCUCAACUAUGCAGUUGACGCCACCAGCCAGUUUUAGCGCCUAGAUGGCCUCAGUUUUGCAAUUGCCUUUACCUUCUAACCAUUAUCGCCUCAUGCGUCAACGUGUGGAGCCAAGAAAGCACCUAUUUUGGGAGGACGACUCGAUUGGAUAUCUUAUUUCCUCUUCAUAGCAGUUAGCCUUAGCUAAGCUUAGUAGGCUGUUGGUAGAGCUGCGAUUGUAAAGUGGGUGCGUUGUUAUCGUGGUGCAAAAGGACCGCGGAGUAUGACUCCUUGCGAAAAACCGAAUUUUGCAGUAAAUUACUAUUCCUGCGUUUUGUGGGGAUAGCUUGGAAUAGAAGUACUCUAUCCAUCCCCGUUUCGAAAAUAAAUUAAAUCUAAUACAUGCCUCUGAAAAUCCGUCAUCGCGCAAAACUAAUCCCCAACAUGCUAUAUUUACAACUGCCAGAUCGGUUCCUUCGCCACUCACCGAGCCCUACGUGAAGGCGAUUGCCGACGCGCAUGGCAAAACACCCGCUCAAGUUCUCAUUCGCCACGCAAUUCAACGCGGCAUCUGUGUCAUUCCCAAGAGCUCUAAUCCCGAACGAAUCCUCUCUAACUCCCAGGCAAGCGGGCAGCUUCUUUUAUCUGUAGCUUUUAGCUUGCGAUUUGGAGCCAGUAAAUAGGCCGAGAUUUUAUUUAUAUAAAAUCCGUGUCUUUUUUUCUGGUAAAGGCGCCUACUUACUGUGCUCUUAUGCCGAUAGCUAGGAAGGCCUCACAUCGUUCUUCUUCUUCUUCUUCUUCUUUUUCUUCUUCUUCUGACUUUUUAAUUUUUCAGAACUUAUUCGCUAAGUUGACGUAAAUCAGUCUGUUUGAAACUUAUAGAUUCAGACUGGGAUUUGGUACAACUAUUUGGGCUGAAGUCUAUCAGUUACAAGGUUUCCUGUGUGCUUUCUGGUAGAUACGCUAGUUUUAGGAUUCAAACUGUUUACUCUCCUCAGAAAUCAAUCGGCAAAUCUGUCUGUUGGAGAUUUAUUGGCUCAAACUGAAAUUUGACAAGGAUAUUUUGGCCGCAAUCCAUCAAACAGAGCGGAAUAACUGCAAGCUUCUACCGGUGAAGCCUUCAGUCGAUCUCAGUUAUGCCCAUGGUAGACCAAGUAUUUUGUCAGCAGCGUCGGCAGCUAUCUGAAUACAUCACGGCACUGUUCAUGUGGGGUUUUUUAAGUUGCCUGCGGAUGAAGCUCAGGUAUCUGGGGUCCAAGGUCAGACAGUUUGUUAAGCUGCGGCACCAACCCCUCUUGUUUAACUGCGGCGACCCCAUGGGGCCCCUACUGCUUAGAGUCCCCUUGAUGCACCACGUGAGAGGACGCGGCCCCCUGGAGCAACCCAGUCCGCAGCCUUAACCGCAAAUGCAGACCAUAAACUAAGCCAGACAACCUCAGCCCUAGAAAUAACCCCCCUCCUAAUACUAACCCAUACGCAAACCGUAUGCCUAACCCUAACCUUCGACCCGAUCCCGGCAACUUUGACGUCAAUAACACUAACUGUUAUGGACCACAGAAUAGCGUUACCGACAAAGACAGGGGAGAAUGGAAUGAUAAUUUCUGACUUAUUAGUCGUCGUCAGUCAGCCAUAUCUAACCCCGAGGUGUGCAAACGCUAGGACUCAAUCCCGCAACCUGUUGGCUAGAAAUCCAAAGUACUCACCACUGGGCCACGGGCUCGGUUGCGAUCGGGAUUAUACUAUGCUAGAGCAGCGCCCACCGAUUGCGCUACGGCACUCAUUCGCCCCACCGUGCCUUGGGACCCCACCAUAGCUAUCUGGAUAAGAUAAACCACGUAAAGGGGUUACAUACUCUUUUCUUACCGGAAUAAGCAUCAAAGUAGUUAUUUUGCAAUCUGAGCUGGUUACUUCCCGCAACAUCCUCUGUGCCUAAGGCGAGAGAGGUUGAGUCCAACACUGAAAACCUGACGCGCUUGAAUAUAUCGCGUACGCUAAAGGUCAUGCAGUAGGUGGGCUAACUCAUGAAAUGUCAACUGAAAUUCCGAAAUGCGUUUUCGUUUUGAAAAGAUUAAAUAAGUAGGGUUGUUAAACUGUUCGUCGUGCAGCAUAGUUCUAUAAAAGUUCAGUUACCCCAGGAUGCCGGAUUUUGAGAGAACCUCUUUCCGCCUGCGUGCAAACACUAUACUCUGCAAAAAAUGGCUACUUAAGUAGCAUGCAUUCUCCUCAUCGAUUUUUAAAUGCCCUUAAAAAUUCAAUUAUAUUUCAUGGAAAACGAGGAUACUAAUAUUCAAUGUCUUGCUCAUUUGGCAGAAAAUUACAUCUUCCAGUGUUAUACUCGAAGGAAGGGUGUACUUCGCUUUUAAAAAAGUUUAUAAUUUUGCGGUUUUUAAAUACCGUGAAAUGGCCGUGUCUUUGCAGCAAAAAUUAAGGGGAGGAUGACGCGUACAUUGCAAUCUAAAAUCUUUCAGCGCAUUGAAACUCAGUGUGAGGUAGACUGGCUGCCGCACAGGUAACCGCGCUUAAUCCCAUCAGUCGUUGGUUGGCAGGCCCUGACAGUCGAUCGGUAGAUAGCAGAGGGAUUUCCAAUCUGAAGAGUCCUCCCUGCCGGCGAAUCACCACACCCCCCCCCCCUACAAGAAAUCGGAAACACUUGAAUCUAUCACGACACGCUAGUAGUCUUGACGUGGGAGCCUGCCAACUGACGGGAUAACUAGUUUCUUCUCAGUACUGCGGGCCAGGCAUCAGUGACUUCACCCUAGCGUGACCUUCACCGCAUUCUCGAGCAUUUGAAACCCGGGUGACGUCCACUGUAACACAGUGCAUCCGGAGUGGAAGUCAGUUCGUGUGUGGCACGCGUAGACGGCCAUUGUGCCCACACCACCCUCCGCUCUUAUUAACAUCACCCAGUUAUCGGUGCAAGCUAGUGACAGAGGAGAGGGUGCGAUAGAUGCGGCGCUAGUCCGCCCUAAUCCACGCCCAAGUCACAGGUGUUACCUGCACUGAGAGUGGCACAGGGUGUUUGUCGUCGACCGCGAUAGUCGAACUCUUGUACGAGUGUCCCCACAAGGGGUUAUACCAGGCUGUAGACUAAACAGAAGACCACAUUUGCACAUGACUUCUGUUGGUUGAACUUUGCCGAGUCCGCAUGGGUGCUUUGCUAUUGCCAUAAUGACAGUUCGACCGUAAAUUCCGAGGAUGUCUACCGUGUGCUACACAGCAAGGUGCAGCAGGCACGGCGACUUGCGCGUGAGUUAGUUUACAGCGAUAGUAGGCUUGCGCUGCAUCUACCGCACUCUCUUUCCCACUCCUCCCUGGACCCGAUGUCAAGACAGAGUCAAGAAGACCGGAGGCGGGAAGGGGACGCAGGUGGCCGGUACGACCGGACCUGCACCUAGACGUGCCACCACACCCCCUGGUCCACAAUAUAUACCUGACCAGGGUUUUUCCUCAAUAAUUACAGCAACACCCCAACAGGGGUCAGAAGGACGAGAAUGAUGACUGGGCAGCCAUGCCCACCAUCUGUAUACCCAGCGGGAGCGCAAGCGCAUCUACCGGCAGGGAGCCAGGUCCCAGGGAACUGCCGGCGCAUACCACGCUGCGAGGGCCAUGGUUUGCUGAUUACUGGCAUAGCACACGCUUUCAGACCUUUUGACCGCUAUUGCCAUACAUGCACUCACACUCGUAUUAUCAGUAGGCUGAUAGGAUUACAGGGGCAACUCCUGUGCGGCCGUUUUCCUUCUCCAGAAGCUUUCAGUCAUACAAAAUCUUUCCAAUCUCGAGUCCAUGUGACGGAGGUCCGCUCGGAAGUCAUUUAUUUGCUAGUAAGAAUUAAUUGCUGGAUCAUUUAUUUGACCGUCCCCAAAAAGACCGGCUGCAGAGAAGGAACUAAUGGGUGUCCGUCUUGCUAGUACUCAUAGCACACUGGUUCGAAAUCGGCUACGCGACUUCAGCGGUGUAGUGAAAAAGUCAAACUCCCUAAGCCUCAGCAGGUUUCACAGAAGGUUCCCUUAGAGUAGGAAGUCAAUGUCUCCUCUCUAUGGCCUUUAAAGUAUCUACGCAUAUGAGAUCUGAGUCUUCUGGUACGCGUAUUAGCACGCGUGGACAAGAUGUCUGGCGUUUUCAGCCAUUCAGCCCUCCCUCCUCCGUUGGCUGACUCCAGCAGGCGCAGCGUCUGUCGACGUCGUUCGAUUUUGCACCCUCGGGGAGGUGGGGGGUUAGCACAAGCUCAGUAGUGUGGACAAGCAACCUGAGUGCUGUGAUCAAACCCUCUUAUGCCAGUCUGUGUAAUUAUUGCUAGUCUCACCUUCUCCCCGUCCCAAUUUUAGCUUCUGACCUUCAUUUCACAUACUACCCCCGCCGUUCCACUUCCUAGGUCUUUGACUUUGAACUGAGCGAUGCGGAGAUGCAUAUUCUCAAUACCAGUGGGCGAGAGUGCAGGGUAAUCAGUGAGCCUUCGUAAGUUUUAUCUGUGGUUUUAGUCAAAUGCAUUUGCUAGUCCUCUCUCUCCGCCCUCAUUUCCUCCUUCUCUCCCACUUCUCUAGCGUAAAGUCCCACCCGGAGUACCCAUUCAACGAUGAAUACUAG